CUCUCUCUCUCUCUCUCUCUCACGCGCCUUCUAAUCGGAACCCUUUCGUAUUGUCACGCGCCGCCGUCCCUCCACAUGGCCUUUUCCCCAUUUCUCUCCGCCGCCUCACAUUCCUCCGCCGACCUCGCAGGCGUUGAUUUUGACUGGUUGCCCGAUUCUUCCAUCAACAAGCUUUGGAACUCUGAAUUUUCCGACAGUUGUGGCGACGGUUCACCGACUUCUCCGCCGCAAUCCCUAACAAUCCGUCCAUCAAAUAACAAUUUUUUAUUACACCAAUCUUUUCCCCACCUUGAUCCUUCUCUCCAAUCCAAUGAUUUAUUUCUUCAACGCACCUUUUCUUCCUCGUCACCACCGCCCUCCGCCUCAGCCCCCACCGCCGCCAAUAGACUUAUCAACAGGCCGCUAUUCCCCGCCGGCGAUUUUCAGAGGAAUAAUCAGAGAGCAGAGAGUCCAGUUUCAUGUGAAAGUAGCAUCACCAUUGAAGGGAUGAGCAGAGCAUGUAGGUAUAGCCCAGAAGAGAAGAAGGAAAGAAUUGAAAGAUAUAGGACCAAAAGAAACCAGAGGAACUUCAACAAGAAGAUUAAGUAUGCUUGUAGGAAGUCGUUGGCAGAUAGUCGACCACGAAUCAGAGGACGAUUUGCAAGGUACAACGAUGAUGUAGUAAAGAAUUAUCCAAUGCAAUGGAGUCAUGGGCAAGAAGAAGAACAAGAAGCAAAUAAUUGCGGUGAUAAUUGGAUCAAGUAUUUCAUCGAUGCAUAUUCCACGAACCUUAUUCCAUAAAUCUCACACAACAACUAAUAAUGUAGUUUUAGUACUCAAGUUGCAUUCGGCCUCUUCCAUUUUGACCUGCCUCUCAAUUACGUGAGAAUUAUAUAUUUACUUAUUAUAGCUUCUUCUCUUUCUUUUCCCUCUUCACAUGUAUGGAAAAUUUAAAGUUAGUAUAAAAUAUAAUUGUAAUAAUAAUGAUGAAGAGAAUGUUGUUGUUUGGGUUGUGAA